AUGCCCCUAUAUCUAACUUGGUUUACUCUACAUCAUGAUUACUAUGAAUUCAGAUUUGAUGAACUGGAAUCUUUAGCUAUUAUUUAUGGAGUAGACAAGCAUGAACUAUGGUCUGAAAUAUCUAAGAAUACCUCUGUUGGGGAUAAUAAGGAGAUAAUAAGACCUGAUAUAACAGAUAAUAGAAGUCCCUUUGUUUGGGUAAAAUUACCAAAUGAUAAUGUAGCAUUACAGAUCCUUGGAAGAAGUAUUUUGAUCAGAGGUUUUAUAGAAGUAUGGUCUAGCGGAUCAAACUAUAACUCCGUUAAAAGUAAUUUGGAACUUCCCGAAAUCAAGAAUAAUUAUAUAAAUAGAUACUUAAAUGAAUCAUUAGAAUUUUCUUGGUAUGUUAGAGCUAUUAGGAAGAAACUUUCACGACAAGAACAAGUUGAUCGUAUGAAUUUUUUUAGAUUCUUAUUUACAGGGAAAGAGAGAGUUAAUUUAGAGAAUCCAUCAAUAAUUCUUGUAAUACUUGAAGAAUGGAAAAAUAUGAAAAUACAUAAAGAUGACUUUUCUAAAAUAAAUGAUAAUUGUAAUAAAUUAGAAAAUUUUCAGGAAACUACACAAAGCAAAAAUUGUGAAUUAAUAAGAGUUUACAUGGGAAGAGCAGUAGGUAUUCAAAAUUGGCAUAAUAUAGGAAAAAAAAUUCCUUGGUGGUUUAAAUAUACUUUAAAUGAACGUCCAAUAUUAGGUCCAACAACUCUAGACAACGAACUUUCUUUUAUUAUGUGUAAUAUUGGUAAAGUUAAAAAGAAUUCUAUAAUAUUUGACCCAUUUUGUGGAACUGGUGGAACUUUAAUUGCAGCAUCUCAUUUAGGUGCUCUUUGUUUUGGUUCUGAUCUCGAUAUUAGAGUUUUAAAUGGCUGGUCAUGUUCUUAUAUAAAUCCCCAUUUAAUUAAAAGUGGAAUUUUAGACGAGUCAUUUUCUAGAAAUGUAUUUUCAAACUUUAUAUAUUAUAAAUUACCUUUACCUGAGAUAAUUCGAAUGGAUGUAUCUUCAUCAAUCCUUAGAUACCCUUUUAUUGAUGCAAUAAUUUGUGACCCUCCAUAUGGUAUAAGAGCAAGCUCUAGAACCACAAAAUUUGAAAUCAUGGAUGAAUACUUUAAUGAUAUCACACACUUUCCAACAUCUAAAAGAUUUGGAUAUAUUCACUCAGUAAAAAAUAUAAUUUAUGAUAUGUUAAUAUUUGCAUCAAAAUAUUUAGUAAACAAUGGUAGAAUUGUUUUUUUAUUACCAGUUAUAUUGAAUGAAAUAUCUAUUAGUAUUGAUAAAUUAUAUGAAGAUUGGAGUAAUAUAUAUAAUAUUGAAUAUCAUCAUUUACAAACUUUAGGUGGGGGUUUAGGACGAUUAUUAGUUUGUAUGACAACUAAAUCUAAAAAUUAUGUGCAGUUUACAAGUAAAUAG